AUGCAAGAUGCUUCGGGCACAAGGCCGAAUCGAGAAAUGCCACUCCGACGGCUUUGCCCACGUAUCUUCCCAUCUUUUGAAAAACACGCGAGUGCAAGCCUCAAGAACGACCCUGGGCUUACCUUGAUAUGGGUUGCAGAACUGCUCCCUAUACUUGGACCUAAGGGCGUGGAAUACCUCAUCGCCCAGAGCGAAGAAGAGGUUAACAAGCGUAAUCAUAUGCUUGAUGAAUAUAAUAAAGCUCUAGUCGAGCAUGUAAAGGCACAGAUGCCUUCUUCUGCGCCUUCGCCCAUGGCGACUAUAGCGCAAGAAGUGGCCCGCAGACCAAAACCCAUACAAAUGGAAGUCGAUAAGUUUGACGGCAAAGAAGGUGACAACCUUAUGCUUUGGUUCCGGCAGGGCAAGUUAGGUGGUUUAGCCAAACAGUGGUCAUUCACAUGUGGUGCAUCAUUGCAAGAUGCUUUUCCCACACGGGCCGAUCUGAAAGUUCAGAUGACCCGGCAUUAUGCACCGUCAAACCAAACACACCACCCUUUACCUGAGGCAGUUACUGUCACGGUCUUAAUGGAGGGCCUCCUAGUUGGCGUUGCCAGAACGGAAGUCUUCCGGAUAAACCCGUCCUCAUUUGAGAAAGAUGUUGGAGUGGCAUGGAAUGCCGAGACCAACUAUAAGGCCGCUAGGCCUGCCACUUAUAACUACUCGUCUGAUGGGUCUGUACCCAUGAACUGUAGUCAAGUUAGAGAUGAAGAAGCUGAGCUUCAAGCUGCGGAGCAGCACUUUAUGCGCAAAUAUUAUAUCUGCAAAAUUUCCUGCAAGAAAGGCAUAUUUGACCUCGAAGGGCCGACGGCCCGAGGUCGAAUUAAACAAGGCCCAGCCCCAAAGAAAUCCGUACUCUCAGAAACGGAACGAGAAUGCAAGCCAGGCUUGCUAGUCGUCGAAGGGACGAUUAAGGGCUAUGAUAAGCCAUGGAUUAUUUUGUUCGAUUCGGGGGCAUCGGGCAAUUUUGUGCGCCGUGCCACCGUGAAAGAUAGUCAGCAGUAUGCUGAAGCGCUUGUAGAGCGUGAGAGUGACACAGUGACAGUUCGCUUAGCGACUGGUACGCGUGUUACGGUACCCAAAGUCCCGAUGGAAUUAAAUGUAAUGGUCUUGGAUUUUAACAGCAUGGAACGCUGUUUGGUCUUAGACCUAGAUGCAAGGUAUGACCUUAUCCCAGGCAUGGCAUGGCUAGAACGUCAUGAGACAUGGAUUGAUUGGAGGUCAAAGACCUUAGGCGAAACGCGCAAUGCUUCUGGCGGGGCUCUGGAGAGUCAUGAACCCACCUCUGCUAGAAAGCAAAAGCUUUUUUGGCGCGGAUAUUGGACCGAGUUGGUCAAUAUGUUGGAUGUCAAAAUAUCCGACUUUGUAGACACUGUAAGUUUCGAGGACAACAGUCCUGGGCGAGGCCCAGUGACUGUCGAUAGUGUGGUUGAGAACCCACUAGAUGGCACAUAUGACAUGUGUCAUGAGAAUGAUGUUACAUCAUUAAACACCGUGAGUGGUGUUGGUGGCUUCAAACCAAGAUGUCAGGACAUGAGUCCAAGUGACAUGAGUGACGAGGAACUGACCGUGGAGGGCCGGGUGAAGUCCCAAAUGGAUGUUGUCUUUGAGGAUAACAAAGUCAAUCACCUAGUGACGAGCAUUGACCCAGAGGGUGGGGUGCAGUCAGUAAACGAAGUGGUCUUCGACCUUGAGGUGUGUGCACCUGUGGACGCUGAUGCGUUGGAUGCUGAGGGUAUCAUGAGUAGCGAUGAUGAUAUCGCGAGCUACGUAAGUGCUCUAUUAGAGCUGGACGAGUUGUCCUUUGCCGAGAUUGGCAUUGCCUUACAGGCAGGCGCCAUCGCUGAAGUGGUCGCCAUACGACCUAAGGAGGAGUUAAAUUCCUCAUUGCUUUUUGAUAAAGCAGCUUUUGAAGAUACUAAGAAGGCGCUGAACUCGCGCAGUGGAUCGCAGAUCCUGAAGGACCUAUCAGAUCAUUGCUUUCCUUUGUUGAAGGAAUAUGGAGAUGUUGUCUCCAGAGAACCUCCUACGAGGUUACCUCCGGAUAGAGGUAUACGUCAUGAGAUUGACUUGGUUCCGGGAACCAAAUACUGUGUGACGCGACAGUGGCCACUGCCACGAAAACAAUGUGACGUCAUUGACGAGUUCCUUUGUGCGAAGCACGCGGCUGGCAUGCUAAAUGCAGCCACUAUCCCGGCUCAAACACCGAUUCAUCGCAAGGAUGUUCUUCAGAACAAUAUGGUGGGAUGUACGAUGUACAAUGCCCUCGACCUAGUCGAUGGAUAUUACCAACUGCUUAUGCGAUCUAGUGAUAUCCCGCUGACAGCGGUCAGUAAUCCGAGCGGUAUGCUCUGGAAGUGCUUAGUGGUGCCCCAAAAGGUAUCUAACGCACCUGCAACGUUCAAUCGUCUAGUAACGCAGUUGUUUCGGGCCCAUAGGCAGAUUCCCUUUUUGGGAUGCUUCAUUGGGAAGCGAGGAAUCUGGGCAGACCCUGUUAAGGUCAAAGCCAUAGUGGAUUGGCCGGUUCCGAGGAACCAGAAGGACCUCCGCAAGUGGAUGUGGAAUGGUGUUGGAAACACCGAGCACCACGAGGCUUUUGAAGCCAUUAAGAAGAGUCUACUUCAGGCGCCAAUUCUGGAUCAUCAUGAUUCUGAUCGCCCGUUUAGCGCCGUAUUUGACGCUUCGGACUUUGCCAUUGGCAGUGCUCUCUUGCAAGUCGACUCUGAGAGCGAGAACGCGUCAUCGCGUUUGAGUCUCGCCAGCUGA